AUGACUAUAAAUGAAGAGAGGAAGGGCAUUACUCCGAGCCGCCACGUGCUUUUCGCGGCUCUAAUAGUCAUCAGUACGGAAUCUGGCGAAGCUUACCAGAAGGUUGCAGAUGAAUCUGGAUGCUUUCAGAGGUCUCAGAACAAAGUGAAGCAGUCUAGAGAUUAUGGUGAGGAUGAAGAGUUGGCACAACGUUACAGGAACUCUCUUUUCUAUGGGAGAGCAUUAUCAGUUGCACCUUUAGUUUUAAGAGUACCUCUCAAGAGCUUAUUUCAGGAUGAGUAA